GGUGAUGAUGACUUGGAGCUGUUGGCCUCCCUGUUAGAAGAGAAUGAGGCAGCUGAGGACGGGAAUACUCCUGAAGAGACCACAGCUCACUCAGAUGAGGCUGGAGAACCAGAUGAGUAUGAUGAGCUCUUUGACGCAGAGGAUGAUGCAUCCUACACCGAAGAGGUUGAUGCUGAGGAGAGUGAAGCCAGUGAGCAGAAGGAAAAUGCAUCUGUGUUGUUUGGAGAUGUGGAUGACCUCACAGAAGAGGAGGAAGAGGAAGAAACUGUACAGGAAAUACCCUGUUCUCCAGCUCUCAAUCAGGAGAAGGAGAAAAACAAUCAAGAUUUGCAAGAUGAACUGAGGAAAUUGCAAGAGCAGAUGAAGAAGUUACAGGAGCAGUUACAAAUGACUGCAAUUGGGCAGCCAUCCAGCUCAGGCCCUCAGAAAAAAACCCUUGGUAAAUCACCCUGUAUUCCCUUCAAGGAAAGGAAAACUCCGAAACUCCAGGAGUCACCAUGUUUCUCUGCUCAGCUCAACAGUCCUGCUUUAUCGAUAACCAAACUGGGAGCCCAGAAACCAAAACGUUCACCAUCAGAGCAUAAGAGUCCUCCUCCAAGGCCAAUAUCAAGUUCAUCAUUUCAACCUCUCAGAUCUACUCCUGGGAACAGGCCCAAAAUGGCCACCAGACACCGGACUCCCCAAAUGCAAGGGAGUUCCAGUGUGACUGAUCAGCCAGUCUCUGUGGAAACUUUCUCUGGGCUCAGAUUAAGAAAACCCCGUGUGUCAUCAGUGGAAAUAGACAGGAAAAUGGCUGGACGGAAGCUGAUCAGACUGUCUCAGCUGCAAGGCAAACUGGCUGGGGGGAAUCUGGAGGAAACAGACUGGGUAACAUUUGGAGUCAUAAUAAAGAAAAUCACCCCUCAGAGCUCAAAUAACGGCAAAACUUUCAGUAUCUGGCGGCUGAACGACCUGCGUGAUCUGAACAGCUGUGUCUCGUUGUUUUUGUUUGGUGAUGUCCACAAAGAACACUGGAAGACAGACCAAGGCAUGGUCAUCGGGCUGCUCAAUGCUAAUCCCAUGAAACCUAAAGAAGGCUCGGAUGAGAUGUGUUUGUCUGUUGAUCAUCCCCAGAAGAUCUUACUUUUGGGUGAAGCUCUGGACCUGGGAACCUGCAAAGCUAGGAAGAAGAGUGGUGACCCAUGUACACAGAUUGUUAACCUGAAUGACUGUGAAUAUUGCCAGUACCACGUACAAUCCCAGUACAAGAGGCUCAGCUCAAAGCGGGCAGAUUUACAGUCUAGCUUCUCCAGUGGCCGUGCUCCAAAAAGGAUAGCUCGCAAAAAUCCCAGCUUGAAGGAGAGGCUCUGUCAGGAUGGGUUUUACUAUGGAGGUGUUUCUUCGGCAGCCUAUGCAGCCUCAGUUGCAGCAGCUGCAGCCCCUAAGAAGAAGAUACAAACCACUCUCACGAAUCUGGUCGUAAAAGGAGCCGAUGCAAUUGUACAGGAAACUAGAGAGAAAAUAGGUAUGGCGAAGAGACCCAUGCCGUGUACUGAUGAGUUCAAAGAAUUGUUGGCAAUGCCAACCUUUGGAGCACGAAACCUCUGCAAACACUUGGCCAAAGCAGAUGCAGCAGAUGUUCGAGGGAAGCAAGGAUCUGCUUUCCAGUCUAUCUCCGCUUCAGCACUGAUCAAACAACAGAAGCAGCAAAUGCUGGAGGCCAGAAAAAAGCGAUCAGAAGAUAUACAGCGGCGGUUUCUUCAGAAUACAACAAAAACCAAUAGCCCAGCUUUACCAUCCUCCUCAGGGCUCCGCUCUCCAACCCCAGGGGCUGAAUUUCCCAAAGCUGCAAAAAUGUCAACCCCUCAAGCACCCAGACUGGGUAUAGGCUUCACUGAGGGCGAUGACGUCCUCUUCUUUGAUGAUUCUCCACCUCCAAGACCAAAAUUGAAUGGUUUAGCAGAAGCUAAAAAGUUGGCUGCUAUAAACAAACUGCGAGCAAAAGGCCAAAUCCUCAAUAAAACCAACCCAAACAGUGUUAAACGGAAACGAUCUGAUCUUGCCGAUGUUCUGGAGAUCACGGAGAGAGUUGAGAAAAACAUCCCCUCAUCACAAGCUGUAGAUGAACUAGAACCUGCCCAAAAGAAACGUCGAGAACAGCUGGCAUAUCUGGAGUCUGAAGAGUUCCAGAAAAUCCUGAAUGCCAAGUCCAAGCACGUGGGCGUCCUUAAGGAGGCUGAGGCUGAGCUGCAGGAACGCUACUUUGAACCUCUGGUGAAAAAAGAACAACUGGAAGAGAAGAUGAAGAACAUUAAAGAAGUGAAGUGUCGCGUUGUGACGUGCAAAACGUGUAAAUACACCUAUUUCAAGCUCCUAGAGACGUGUGUGAAGGAGAAUCAUGAAUACCACUGGCAUGAUGGUGUCAAGCGAUUCUUCAAGUGUCCCUGUGGAAACAGAGCCUUAUCUCUUGACAGGCUACCGAAAAAGCCCUGCAGCGCCUGUGGCCUCUUCAAAUGGGAACGCGAUGGAAUGCUCAAGGAGAAGAAAGGUCCGAAGAUUGGUGGAGAAACGCUUUUACCAAGAGGGGAAGAGCAACCCAAAUUUCUUAAUAACCUUAAGUAA